GGCCGCCCAGUUCGGGGCACGCCGUGACGGUUCGUCCCGCAGAAAAUCACGCUCCACGCACGCUACCAUCACGUGAGUGCCUCGAGGUCAACAACUGUUGACACCACGUUCCUCGGAUUUUGAUGUGACGGCCCGUGACCGUUCGAUAGCACCCCAGGACCCCCUCCCAUUUUCGUCUCUUGAACCCUCAUCAUCCGCCACUAACAUGAGCUCCCCUCCCCACCACUCGCGCGCCCCCACGCCGCCCUCGACGCCGGAGGAGUUCCUCGCCCUCGAGACCGUCAUGGCCGUCAUCUUCCCCAACAGUAGCCCGCGCCCCGCUGAGCAGUACAAAUCCUACGCCCCGCUGCGCCGCUCCGUCCGCGAGAGCGAGCUCCGGCGCAUCCGCCGCGCCCUCGACCUCCGCCCCUACCAUCUCUCCGCCUACGACGUCCAGCGCCUCCGCGACGGCGUCGAGACCCGCAGGCAGUUCCUCCUCGCUCUCCAGGCCGCCGAACAGAUGGAGGAUCGCCUCGUCGAGCUCAAGUGUAUCGGGCCUGAGGCCGCGCGCCUCACCAUCGCCGAAAAGAUCAUCCUCGCGCGCACGACGCGCACGCGGCAGGGCCUGCGCGACGAGAUGACAGUCUGGGGACGGUUCCUUGAGGACCUCCUGCACCAGGACCGCGUCCUCGCACGCGACAUGCUUGGCGAGGGCGAGUUCUGUAUGAGCCAGUUGCAUAUAUCAGACUUCGCGGUCUGCCAGCGUAAGCAGGUCUACAACAUGGCGAGGGGAAUGGGCAGGGAGAACGACCUGUUCGCGCAUCGGACACACAAGAUGGAGCCGGCGCUGCGGCCUGCCAAGGACCUCCGUUACGAGUCUGAAGAGGUCAAAAAGCUAGAGAAGGAGAAGCGGCGCUGGCUCUGGGCGAUGCUCAAGGCAUACGACCAAAUCGAGUGCAAGCUCACGGGAGUCGAUGGCCCGGACCAUGUCUGAGCAUUGUCAGCCCAUGACCCAACGCUCCCCCUCGUGCAUCCUCGAGGCAGGCCAUAAGUCACUCAUGAUUCUCAAUUAUGACCCGUUCAACAUUCCACGCUAUCUUCUCAUAAACGCACACGCCACUACAAGCCAUCAACGCACUUGUUUAUCACUAUGUAUAUGUUUCCCUGCUGUUCGUCUACUCUACUUGCCGUUCUCGUUGUCCAUAUUUCAAGCUACUUACCGGAUCUUCAUGCAUCUUUUCCUUUUCGUUCUGGGACUGUAUCGCUAUCUAUAUACCAAGUCGCUUUCGCCACUCUUCGAUCGCGACUAUUGCUGUCCUUACUAGUGUCACCUAUGCACGUCUCUGCUAUGUCUAUCUGUCGUCUCCGUCU